UAACUUUCAAUUUUUAAUCUUUAAAGCUCCCCUCUUCACCCUCACCCGCAUUUCCAUCCACACCACACUAUUUGUCCAAACUUUGUUUAAACGGAUCACCAAACAGGGCACAAAAAAGAACCAAACCAAACCAAAAUAACCCUCACUUUCUCUCUCUUCCCUCACUUUCUCUCUCUAAAACUUAAAAAAAAGUAAAAGUCGACCCACCAAAAAAAAAGAUAAAGUGGAGAAUUCAAGGACUAACGGAGGCUUCCUCUGUGGUCUCUGCCCAGGAGAGAGAAACAACAAAAACAAGAGAGAGAAAAAUAAAGCCGUUGAUAAAACAACCGUUGAAGUUGAACAACAACAACCACCACCGUUAACUAUGCAGAAAUCCGACCACGCGCCGCCGCAACCGCCGCCACUUCCGACGAUUCAGGGCAUCACGAAUUCCGGAAGUCUGAGCUUCAAUAGUUCUACUAACAUGAAUAUGGCUGAUGAAGAGAUCACUCGCUCUGCUUUGUCUAAUUUUAGGGCUAAAGAAGAGGAGAUCGAGAAGAAGAAGAUGGAAGUUCGUGAACGUGUUCAGGCUCAACUUGGUCGUGUUGAAGAAGAGACUAAACGCUUGGCUUUGAUUCGUGAGGAGCUUGAAGCCUUAGCGGAUCCAAUGCGGAAGGAUGUGUCUGUUGUGCGUAAAAGGAUAGAUGUGGUUAACAAAGAGCUAAAGCCACUUGGUACAAAUGUCCAAAAGAAGGAAAAGGAAUACAAAGAUGCGCUGGAUGCAUUCAAUGAGAAGAACAAAGAAAAAGUACAGCUCAUAAACAAACUGGUUGAGCUGGUAGGCGAAAGCGAGAGGUUGAGGAUGAAGAAACUGGAAGAGUUGAGCAAGAGCGUUGAAUCUAUGCAAUAAUUGACUUGAACAGAACUUGUCCAUAGAUAAUUAGGUUUGUGUGAUGUAAUUUAAUUCUAACUCUAAAUUUUUUUUCUCCCUUUUUCUUUAUGUAUUUAUAUAUAUGGGUGCCUGGAGUUUGGUGUAUUCUGUGUACCCUUUUUCUAUUUUUUUUUUGUUUCUCCCCCAAAUUUGAUUAGAUCUUGAUGCAAUAUCUGCUGAUCUAGUAAAAGGGUAAUAUCUACCCAAAUAGACAGGUUUGUAACUCGUAACAUUUUCCAGACUUAAAUUCGCCUCACCUUUGAUUUCUUUUUA